CUCUGUUUAUCCACGUUUCAACCCGUUUACUCGUGUUUACCCGGGUUUAUCCCCGUUUUCCCCCGUUUACUCGUGUUUAGCCCAGUUUAUCCUUGCUUUACCCCGUUUACUAGUGUUUACCCAAGUUUAUUCAUGUUUUACCCCGUUUACCCAUGUUUACCCCUGUUUAUCCACGUUUCAACCCGUUUACUCGUGUUUACCCAGGUUUAUGCCCGUUUUACCCCGUUUACUCGUGUUUACCCAAGUUUAUCCCUGUUUUACCCCGUUUACCCAUAUUUACCCCUGUUUAUGCACGUUUCAACCCGUUUACUCGUGUUUACCCAAGUUUAUCCCUGUCUUACCCCGUUUACCCAUGUUUACCCCUGUUUAUCCACGUUUCAACCCGUUUACUCGUGUUUACCUAGGUUUAUCCCCGUUUUACCCCGUUUACUCGUGUUUACCCAAGUUUAUCCCUGUUUUACCCCGUUUACUCAUGUUUACCCCUGUUUAUGCACGUUUCAACCCGUUUACUCGUGUUUACCCAAGUUUGUCCCUGUUUUACCCCGUUUACCCAUGUUUACCCCUGUUUAUCCACGUUUCAACCCCUUUACUCGUGUUUGCCCAAGUUUAUCCAUGUCUUACCCCGUUUACUCGUGUUUACCCAGGUUUAGCCAUGUUUUACUCCGUUUACUCGUGUUUACCCCAGUUUGUCCAUGUUUUAUCCCGUUUACUCGUGUUUACCCCAGUUUAUUCCUGUUUUACCCCGUCUACCCAUGUUUACCCCUGUUUAUCCACGUUUCAACUCGUUUACUUGUGUUUACCCAAGUUUAUCCAUGUUUUACCCCUUUUACUCGUGUUUACCCCAGUUUAUCCAUGUUUCAACCCGUUUACUCCUGUUUACCCAAGUUUAUCCUUGUUUUACCCCGUCUACCCGUGUUUACCCCUAUUUAUCCACGUUUCAACCCGUUUACCCGUGUUUACCCAGGUUUAUCCAUGUUUUACCCCAUUUACUCGUGUUUACCCAAGUUUAUCCCUGUUUUACCCCGUUUACCCAUGUUUGCCCCUGUUUAUCCACGUUUCAACUCGUUUACUCGUGUUUACCCAGGUUUAUCCAUGUUUUACCCCUUUUACUCGUGUUUACCCCAGUUUAUUCAUGUUUCAACCCGUUUACUCCGGUUUACCCAAGUUUAUCCCUGUUUUACCCCGUCUACCCGUGUUUACCCCUGUUUAUCCACGUUUCAACCCGUUUACUCGUGUUUACCCCAGUUUAUCCAUGUUUUACCCCGUUUACUCCUGUUUACCCAAGUUUAUCGCUGUUUUACCCCGUCUACCCGUGUUUACCCCUGUUUAUCCACGUUUCAACCCGUUUACCCGUGUUUACCCAGGUUUAUCCCCGUUUUCCCCCGUUUACUUGUGUUUACCCCAGUUUAUCCUUGUUUUACCCCGUUUACCCAUGUUUACCCCUGUUUAUCCACGUUUCAACCCGUUUACUCGUGUUUACCCAGGUUUAUCCCCGUUUUACCCCGUUUACUCGUGUUUACCCAAGUUUAUCCCUGUUUUACCCCGUUUACCCAUAUUUACCCCUGUUUAUGCACGUUUCAACCCGUUUACU